AUGUCUUUCAAUAAGUUGAGGGCUUUUUUACUUCGUUCUAGAAAGAGUAAUACUGUCCUACUAUCAACGCUAUUCAUUUUUUUAGUAAUUCUAUUAUUCAAGGAUCAUCUACUACCGAAUAAUGAUCCAUACUGGAUAAAUUUUAAAAUCACCAACCCACCCAAAAAGGAGUCACUUACAGAACUUAGUCAACAGAAGCUAGAUACAAAAAUUGAUUCCCCUUUCCAAUAUGGAUGUGCUGCUGUCCCUAAUGGAGAUCAACCACGUGCCAAUGCUGCAUUUAUCAUGUUGUGUCGAAACCUGGAACUUGAAGGAGUGAUUGCAAGUAUCAAGUCAAUGGAACGACAUUUUAAUCAGUGGUACAACUACCCAUGGAUUUUUCUCAACAAUGAAGAGUUUUCCCCCGAAUUUAAAUAUGCUGUGGGCAAUCAUACCAAUGCUAAAGUUUCAUUUGGUAAAAUUGCCAUGGAAGACUGGGAUUUCCCUUCUGAUAUACCUGAAGCUGAAUUAAAUGAAUGGAUUGAAUCUCAAGGUGAUCGUGAGUUGUUGUAUGGCAAUUUAAAGAGUUAUCACAAAAUGUGUCGUUUUUACUCUGGUAAAUUUUAUUUACAUCCAUUGGUUAAUCAAUUGGAUUGGUAUUGGAGAGUAGAGCCCAAUGUUGAAUUUUAUUGUGAUUUGACAUACGAUCCAUUCAUUGAGAUGGAAAAGAGAGGUAAGAAGUAUGGGUUUAAUGUGAUGAUAUAUGACUUGUACUAUUCCAUUCCUGGGUUGUUUCGUCAUGUACAAAAUUUCAUCAAAAAACAUGAAAUCAAAGUCAAGAGUAGUUGGAAAUUGUUUGUAUUGAACUCGAAAUGGUUAGAUGGGGAAGAUGAGUUGGGAGUCUAUGAUGGAAUCCAUAAUUCACAUGAACUAGUUGUUGAAAUUCAAGAUCAAAUCUAUUUACAAAAAUUUAUUCACGAAGUUAAAGGCAAAACUGAAGAUGUGUUUACCAAGAAUCCAUACUUGACGAGAAGAAUCUUGCAGAAAAGUAAACAAAUGCCCAAGUUACAUGAAGAUAGAACCAAUAACGAAGAUUACAAUUUAUGUCAUUUUUGGUCGAAUUUUGAAAUUGCACGAGUUGAUUUAUUCACAUCGCCUGAAUACCAACAAUUUUAUCAACAUCUUGAGUCAGCUGGUGGGUUCUAUAAAGAAAGAUGGGGAGAUGCUCCAGUACAUUCAUUAGCAAUUGGCAUGUUUUUGGAUUUAAAUGAAGUUCACUAUUUCCGAGAUAUAGGUUACCGGCAUGAGAUUUUUGCUCAUUGUCCCGCCAAUGCACCAGAACAUCAAUUGGAGUAUGUUGCCAAUGCAAACUAUGCGGCAUUUGCGGACCCACAAGAAGCUGCUGUGGUUGUAUCACCAGAUAAGCCGAGGUACAAUGGUGUUGGGUGUAGAUGCAAAUGCCCCAAGGGAUACAAUGAUAUUGAAGAUUCCGAGUGUAUGAAGAAAUGGCAAAUGUACACUCAAGAUGAUUAUAAGGAUCCAGAGCCGGUUAAUCUUGAAUCUUGGAAGAAACGGUUAACGAGAAAGAUUAAGCAUCAUUUGAUAGCUGGUGGUAGCAUGGAAGAGGAUCUUGUAUAG